CCCGGGGGCUCCGCUCCUCUCCGCUCCGCAUGCAGCAGCUGCCCCCUCGGAGGGGCACCCCCGCCGCCGCCGCCCGAGCCGGAGCCCGAGCCGACCCCGCGCGUAAGCGCACCCCGGGAGCCGGCGGCGAGCCCGGCGGGCGCCCCGGAGGCGGCGGCGCAGGGAGGGGCCCCCGAUCGCACGUGGCCCCGGCGGCCGCCAUGGCGGACAGCGGCUCGGCAGGGGGCGCGGCGCUGGCGGCUCCGGCUCCGGCCCCGGCCCCCGGCGGCGGCGGCGGCGGCGGCGGCGCCGCGGGUGCGGGCGCCGGGCCCCGCGUGUACUUCCAGAGCCCCCCCGGGGCCGCGGGCGAGGGUGCGGGGGGCGCGGACGACGACGGCCCGGUGCGGCGCCAGGGGAAGGUCACGGUCAAGUACGACCGCAAGGAGCUCCGCAAGCGCCUCAACUUGGAGGAGUGGAUCCUGGAGCAGCUCACGCGCCUCUACGACUGCCAGGAAGAGGAGAUUCCAGAGCUCGAGAUAGAUGUGGACGAGCUCUUGGACAUGGAGAGCGACGAUACCCGAGCCGCCAGGGUCAAGGAGUUGCUGGUUGACUGUUACAAACCCACUGAGGCCUUCAUCUCUGGCCUGCUGGACAAGAUCCGGGGCAUGCAGAAGCUGAGCACACCCCAGAAGAAGUGAGGGUCCCCAGCCUGGAUGAUCGGGGGCUCCUGCUGGACAAUCGCUGCCCUCCCCCAACCGUAGCAACAGCAAUACCAGGGAGCCUCACGACUUGGGCCUGGUGCCGCCAGCGGGGCUCCCCGUGCCCCUGGUCCAGGGGCCUCUUCCCUGCCCCCUCAGUUUUCCACUUUCGGGGUUUUUUUAUUGUUAUUAAGCGGACGGGAUUUUUGUGUUUUUAUAUUGACUGCAGCGCGGGCCCUUUAAUAAAGCUAAGACAUGCCUUUGGUGCACCUGGUGGCCUUGGCUGUGUCUUGGGGGAGUGGGGGGUGCAAAGGGGGGGGGACACACUACUUUCACAGUGCGGGCUCUCCCCAGGUAACUGAGGGCCCAGCAGCAGCCAUGGUGACAGCCCAGGAGGCCAGGUGGCAGGGGAGCAGAUUGGGGGUUGCCGUUGACAGGCAGAAGCUCUUCGCCUUCCCUCUGGGCCACCCUGCCCAAAAGGACCUGGCCAUCAGGGACAGCCCCCCAAGUCCUCUGCAGCCAGGAAGGGAAAGGGGUGGGGCACCUGGGCCCACAAAUAAACAGGCUCACUGCAGCUUUUAAGGGU